CCUGGGGGCCUCGGCGCCCACCCUCGGGGAGUAGCUGCCGCCGCCGGCUGGGCACCAUGAACAGCAGCAGCGCCAACAUCACCUACGCCAGUCGCAAGCGGCGGAAGCCGGUGCAGAAAACAGUAAAGCCAAUCCCUGCUGAAGGAGUCAAGUCAAAUCCUUCCAAACGACAUAGAGACCGCCUUAAUACAGAGUUGGACCGUUUGGCUAGUCUGCUACCUUUUCCACAAGAUAUUAUUAAUAAGCUGGACAAACUUUCAGUUCUUAGGCUCAGUGUCAGUUACUUGAGAGCCAAGAGCUUCUUUGAUGUUGCAUUAAAAUCCUCCCCUGCUGACAGAAAUGGAGGCCAGGAUAACAGCAGAGCAAAUUUCACAGAAGGCCUGAAUUUGCAAGAAGGAGAGUUGUUAUUACAGUCCAUGGAAAAACUCUCUUCCAUAAAAAUGAUCCAUGGUGCCAAAGAAAUGUCAGAAGAGUUUGGCCAUGAUCACAUUGCUAAGAAUAGAUCAAGUACCACAUUAAGCUCAAAAGGUCAUGGUCUUCCACAGCCAGGAAUCUGUUACAACCCAGACUCGCUUCCUCCAGAAAACUCUUCAUUAAUGGAGAGGUGCUUCAUAUGCCGACUAAGGUGUCUGCUGGACAAUUCAUCUGGUUUUCUGUCCGAUGUCAUACAUCAGAGCGUGUAUGAACUUAUCCAUACCGAAGACCGAGCUGAAUUUCAGCGUCAGCUACACUGGACACUAAAUCCUUCACAGUGUACAGACUCUGGACAAAGAAUUGAUGGAAAAGAAAAUAGAAUGAAACUGAAAUUUGCAGCCAUAAGCAAAAGAGAGCAGUUUACAGGAGAGAUUAUUUUAGGAUAUACUGAAGAAGAACUGUGCACGAGCACAUCGGGGUAUCAGUUUGUUCAUGCUGCUGACAUGCUUUACUGUGCCGAGUCCCAUAGCCGGAUGAUGAAGACUGGAGAAAGUGGCAUAAUAGUUUUCAGGCUUCUGACAAAAAACAAUCGAUGGACGUGGCUCCAGUCUAAGGCACGUUUAGUUUAUAAGAAUGGAAGGCCGGAUUACAUCAUUGCAACUCAAAGACCUCUAACAGAAGAAGAAGGAGCAGAGCAUUUGCGAAAACGAAAUACAAAGUUGCCUUUUACAUUCACCACUGGAGAAGCUGUGUUGUAUGAGGUAACCAACCCUUUUCCUGCCAUACUGGAUCCCUUACCAGUAAGAACUAAAAACGGCACAAGUGGAAAAGACUUUGCUACCAAGUCAACUCUCAACAAGGACUCUCUCAAUCCUAGUUCCCUCCUGGCUGCCAUGAUGCAACAGGAUGAGUCUAUUUAUCUCUAUCCUGCUUCAAGUACUUCAAGUACUGCACCUUUUCAAAGAAAUUUUUUUAACGAACCUGUGAGUGAAUGCAGUAAUUGGCAAAACAAUAUUGCACCAAUGGGAAAUGUUAAUAUCCUGAAACAUGAGCAAAUUGAUCAGUCUCAGGAAAUGAAUCCAGCAUUCUCUGGAGGUCACACAGAGCUCUUUCAAGAUAAAAAUAAUGACUUGUACAGCAUUAUGAAAAACCUAGACAUUGAUUUUGAGGAUAUCAAACACAUGCAGGAUGAAAAAUUUUUCAGAAAUGACUUUUCUGGUGAGGUUGACUUCAGAGACAUUGACUUAACAGAUGAAAUCCUGACAUAUAUCCAAGAUUCUUUAAAUAAGUCUACCUUCAUGUGUUCAGAUUACCAGCAGCAACAGUCCAUGGCUCUUAACUCGAGCUGUAUGGUACAGGAACACCUACAGUUAGAACAACAACAGCAGCAGCAGCUACAGCAUCACCAAAAGCAAGUAGUGGUGGAGCCGCAGCACCAACUGUGUCAGAAAAUGAAGCAUAUGCAAGUUAAUAGCAUGUUUGCAAAUUGGAACGCUAACCAAUCUGUGCCUUUCGGUUGUCCUGAGCAAGACCUACAACAGUAUAAUGUCUUUGCAGACUUACAUGGGACCAAUCAAGAGUUUCCCUACAAAUCGGAGAUUGAUACUAUGCCUUAUACACAGAACUUUAUUUCCUGUAAUCAGUCUGUGUUACCACAACAUUCCAAAUGUACAGAGUUAGACUUUCCUAUGGGGAGUUUUGAACCAUCCCCAUACCCCACUACUUCUAAUUUAGAAGAUUUUGUCACUUGUUUACAAGUUCCUGAAAACCAAAAGCAUGGAAUAAAUCCCCAGUCAGCCAUAGUAACUCCUCAGACAUGUUAUGCCGGGGCGGUGUCAAUGUAUCAGUGCCAGCCGGAACCUCAGCACACCCACGUGGAUCAGAUACAGUACAAUCCAAUAAUGCCAGGCCAACAGGCAUUUUUAAACAAGAUGUCUUCAUUGCCACUUUUCGUAGAGGAAAAAAGCAAAGAGAAAAGAGGGAAGAUUACACUGCAGGACUGUAAGCCAGAUACCACAGCCUUCGCUGCCAACCAAGUUCUGGAAGGCACAGUUGGAACAUUGUCUGAGAGGAGGGACAAGAUGUGA